UGGGCAUGGUUGUUCAUUCUAAAUGAGAGGGAUAUAUAUAUAUAUAUAUAUAUAUCCAUGCACAUCCUCUCCUCAUCAGUGAGCAGAACAUCGCGGUCAGACAACUAGUCAAAGAUUAGCGGAAAUUUAUAACCAAAUCAUCAUCAAUGGAAGAAGAUCUGAGGAUUGUUCUUCUGGGUAAAACCGGAUCAGGAAAGAGCUCAUCAGGAAACACUAUAUUAGGCAGAAAUGCAUUUAGAGCGGGUUGCCUCUCAGAAUCUACAACUCGGCAGUGUGAGAAACAUGAGGGAAAUGUGGCAGGUAGAAACAUCUCAGUGAUCGACACACCUGGACUGUUUCACACGUCCAUGAGUGAAGAAGAUCUGAAAGCUGAACUAGAGAAGUGUCUGGAAUUGUCUGCUCCUGGUCCUCAUGUGUUUCUGCUGGUCAUCAGACUGGACAGAUUCACAGAAGAGGAGGAGAACACAAUCAAAUGGAUUCAGAAGAACUUUGGAGAAGAAGCUAGGAGUUUUACCAUGCUGUUAUUCACUGGAGCUGAUAAAUUAGAGAACCCACUAGAUGAAUAUCUGCAAGAAAACAUCAAGAUGAGUGAACUCCUGUCUGUAGACGAAUGCAAGUCAGCAUAUCAUUCUUUUAAUAACAUAGCAAAGAAUGAUCAAGCUCAAGUCACUGAACUGCUGGAGAAGAUAAAGAAAAUGAUGAGUAAACAUGAAAGAAUGAAUGAGUACUACACUGAGGAAAUGUACCAGGAGACUCAGAGUAAGAUCAGAGAAGAAGAAGAGAGAAAAAAACAAGAGGAGGAGAAAAAGAACCAAGAGGAGAAGGAAGAGAAAGGAAAAGAGGAUUUAGCUGGUGAAAGAGCAAUGACAUCAGCAAUUGCAAUAGGAGGUGUAAUAUUCAUAAUAGGAGCACUAACAACAAAACUAUAUUGUAAGACCUUUUUUGGAGGGAAAUGAUUUGUAUACUAGUAGAGACAUUCUGGGUAGUCCAGUGAAUGUAAAUCAAAUAAUCACAUCAUGUCCCUGAUCUGAAUCAAAACAAUGUUUUGUUGUAAAAUUCAAGCAUUAUUAUUUUUUAUUUGUACCUUUCAUAGCAUGUCAAUGUAAACUGAAAUGGCUUUGUAAAAAUUACACCUAUUAAAUAAUAAAGUGUUUAAAAUUAUUCAAUUUGAUCUGCUGUUUCUAAAUGAAAGUGGUGUUGUCAUGCCACGGUGGAAUGAAUGCACAAAAACAAAAAAAAAUGAAGGCCAAUGCAAAUAGUCUUUUAAUAAAUCCACAAGAGGAUAAAUAGAGGACAGGCAGGCACGAUACACACGCAGGGACAUAAUAGACCGGACAGAGAACAGUGAACUGACAACAACUUAAAUACAUUGGCAAAUGAAGAUGAUUAACUAGAACCAAAUGACAUAAUCAACAGGAGACAGAAACUAGGUACACUGAGCACAUGGGGAAUGAAAACACAACAGAACGUCCAUGGAUGUGACAAGUGUGAGACAUUUUUACUAAAUGCUCUCAGUUUGUGUUCUUUCAUUACACAGAACAAAAUUAUUCAAAAGACACGCCUUGACACUUACACACACGUAAGGGCUUCCAUGUUUUAUGGGGACUUUCCUUAUACAUAAUGCUUUUAUACUCUACACCCUAUGCCCUAACCCUAAAAUAAAUC